UGUACUUUCAGGAGUUCGUAUUUCAAGCUAUACAGCUAUCUCUACCCAAUUGGGUAAUAAUUGUGCUAAUAACUGUACUCCCCAAUAUGAUAACGAGGCACCUAGAUAUGUUUUGUAUAUGCUUCCAGUACUUAGUAUAGUUGGAUGGCAUCAUAAAGCUCUUUGCAUAACAACUAUACUUAUAUUGGUAGUCCCAAAUCCUCUUAAUAUUCAAAAACUUCCAUAUGAAUACAGCCAGAGCCUAUUGGAUCUAUUAACACAUACACACCUCCAUGUUUUAACUUCUUAUUGGCCAGAGAAUUCUGUACAAUACCAAAGGUGUUUCAAAUUUGAUAAGACCAAUUCUUUAUCACAGAGAUUGUUGGUGCUACUUAUACCAACCGAGGAUUUAUAUGCACAACCUUCAGAUAAUAGAACCUUCA